AUGGUGCUUCCCGAGCCGAGCACACGUGUCGUACAGAGUGCGUGGUGCGAGCGCACGCGCCGCGGCGCGCACACGCCUCCCCGUGCGAGCCCAGUGCCGACCAUCUUUUUUGGCACACCGAGCGCGGCCGAAGGCGCGGCGGUCGCGCAGCGCAGCACAAGCGGCGUGCCGAUAUACGAGUGCGUAACACCAGUGCAGGUCCCGACGCCCGACUCGGACGGCUCGCCGGGCAUGGGGCGCGCCGCCUCGCCGACGCCCGCCGCCGCACAGCACCGUGCACUGGUCCGCGAGGCGCUGGGCGACGUGUCGAACCUGAGCCCGGUGGCCCGCGAGCCGCCCGGCAUUUUGCCCAAGGUCGAAAUCACGCCAAAGCGCUCGCUGCGCUCGCCGCAAGAGCGCACGCCGGUCCAGGCAGUGCUCCACGACUGGGCCGCCGCCAAGUUCUCCCAGGAUCCUCUACGGCACACGCCGUCGCAGCGGCACGACGGGCGCUCGCCGAACCGCGUGUCGCCGCACCUCUCGCCAGUGCGCAUGCACACGCCGUGUGCUGCGCCGCCCGUGCCGAUUUCGCCGGCGCACCGCGACGUGUUUUCGUCGCCGAUCGCGCCGCCGCCGGUGCCGACCGUGCGCACGAGCCCGGCGAAGGCGAUGCGCGUCCCGGUCGACGCGUCGCGCGCGCCUCGGCGCACGCCGUUCAGCGAGCACCGCACACCGGCGCAGCGCGUGCCGGGUUUUGUGCCGCACGCGUCUGCAUCGCCCGGAAAAGGCGCGACUUCGCUGAGUAUGCCGGCGAUGCGGGCUGCACGCCCUGAAAAACACGCGGAGCGUGUGCCUGUGCACCAGCGUCCCGGUGCAAACGAAAACGAGGAGCGGCCGCGCAACGCGCGGCCAGCGCGCUACACAAGCCUUGUCCCGGCGUCGCGCGUCGGCGACAGCCCUGAAAAGACGCAGGCGAAGCGCGUACGGCUCAACGAGAGUGCGAAUGGACGUGCGCCCGCGCUGCAUACCUCUACCUCGCGUGUGCGUGCGCCGGAAGCAAAGGAAAUUGCGCCAGGCCCGUCGCGGGCGACUGCAGUGACUGCGCCGACACCGGUGAGCAAGCCUGCCCCGCCGCAGGCGCCGCAAGCGCCUCCCCCCGCCAGUGAGCCGUCGUCGAUCGCAGCAAGCCGCGUGCCGCGCACGCCUCGCGCACGUUUGGCGCCUCCGCCGCCGCCCAUUUCGGCCGCGGAGCUGACGCGUCUUACGGCCAAGCAUACCAAGCAAAACGAGGCGUAUACCGUGGAUCUCCAGACGCAGGUCCUACGUAUGCCUGGAGCGCGCCCCCCCAGCCCGUCCCAGGCGUUUAGCGUGGAUGCGCCCCCCCGCGUCCCCCACUGGAGCCGUGCGGUGCUGCCCGAGACGAACGAGCGCGGCGAGCCGAUCCGGCAUGCGCUUGGUGCCGGCGAGGCCGAAGAGUAUACCACCCCACCCCACCGCACCCGCGGUGUGCGCUGGGACAAGCGGCUGGUCGUGAGUCCCACGCGCGCGGCGCCGCCGCAAGCGAGCUGCCUCGCGCCUCGGCGGCUGCCGCUCGAUGCCUUUGGCAACGUGGCGCAUGCCGGGGCGGCAGCAGGAGCGCGGCGGCGUACCGUGACGGUGAAGCGGCUUGUGUAUGACCAAGAGACGUGA